AUAUAUAUAUGUCUAUAUGUGGACACAAAAUAAAGAUGAAAUGUACAGAACUCGACGACCUUGACCUUCCACAUUGGGCCAACUACUCUUCACCCCAGCAUUGAGUGAUUGCUACAAGAUCAAUAUUUUCUGCUCUGGCCGCCGGCCGGUAAUGUCUUAGGUACUUCUUGAUAAAUGCUGAUGGAAAAGAUCACGACAUCUUGGUAGCUGUAGCCUCCUUAAUGAUGUUUCUCAGAGGGAGGUUAACAAGAUCAAAUUACGUGGUUGCAUCGCUUGCGAAUCGCAUGCUGUUUUCCAUCUUCGUUUCGUAUGCAGCAGUGUUGUUGUGCUCAUCUCAACCAUUUUGCUGUGCUAGAGAUACAAUAACACACGACACUCCAAUUACCGACGGUGUUGAAUCAGAAACUCUUGUUUCAUCUGGUGGAAGAUUUGAACUCGGAUUCUUUAGCCCUUCACCUGAAGGGACUCAAAGAUAUGUUGGCAUAUGGUAUCACCAACUGAGUCCGAGGACAGUGGUAUGGGUUGCCAAUAGAGAAAAGCCAGUUGACAAUUCCACUAGUAAUGGAAGUCUUGCACUCCAAGAUGGUAACCUCCAUGUGUUGGAUGCUGCUGGAAACAGGUACUGGUCAACGGAGGUUAAAACAUCCGAGUCUUUGACGCAGACUGUGACGCUCAUGGAUUCCGGGAACUUUGUUCUAAGCAGUGGCCAUGAUAAGUUGGCAGUGAAUAUUCUGUGGCAGAGCUUUCAAAGUCCAACCGAUACAUUCAUUCCUGGGAUGGUAAUGGAUAAAAGAUUGGUGUUGACUUCAUGGAGAGGCGAAGAUGACCCGAAAAGCGGGCAAUUCAUCUUCAAAAAAGAUCUAGUUAGAGAGGACCAGUAUGUCAUCUCAAAAUCAGAAUCGAUUCCGUACUGGAAGGGCGGAGAAAGGGCAUCUGAUACAAUUGACAGCUUUGAUCAAAUGCUUCCUGAAGUUAGUGACUUAUUAUCAAAUUUCAGCAAGAAAUCUGUUCGAAAUUUCACCAACAUUUUCAAUUCUCCGAGUCAAAACUCUUCUUAUAGAACUAAAUAUACAAGGUUGGUGAUUAAUAUUACUGGAGAGAUACAGUUUUGGAGGUGGAUUAAUUCCACAAAGCAGUGGAAUUUGUAUUGGUGGGCGCCAAGAGAUAAAUGCAGUGUGUUUAAUGCUUGCGGCAACUUUGGCAGCUGCAAUGAUAAUAAUAUGCCGUUUCUGUGCAAAUGUUUGCCAGGUUUCAAACCCCAGUAUCUACCGCUGUGGAAUUCUGGAGACGUUUCGGGUGGAUGCACAAGAAAGUCCGCAUUAUGUGACGACAACAAGAAUUAUACCUUCUUGAGCUUGAAGAAGAUGAAAGUGGGAAACCCAGAUUCAGAAAGCAACAUUGACAAUGAAACAGAAUGCAGGAACGGGUGCUUAAAUAACUGCCUGUGCAAGGCUUAUUCAUAUGCUAAAUCUGAAAGCAAUAGUCAUCAAAGGGAGGCGCCUACUUCAUUGUGCAGAAUAUGGAACGUGGGAGAUCUAAAUAAUCUUGAAGAAGAGUAUACCAAUACGGGCCAAGACCUCUAUGUUCGUGUUGCGUUGUCUGAUUUAGAAUCAACUCUAAGAGACUGUAAGCCUUGCGGCACAACCAUCAUCCCUUAUCCCCUGAGCACAAGACUGGGUUGCGGUGACCCUUUGUACUUCCGUUUCAAGUGCAACUACUUCACAGGUCAGGUUAGCUUUGUGGGACUGAAUGACGCCUUGUUUAGAGUUAUUAGCAUAAACUCAAGUACCCAGAGAUUUUUCAUCCAAGGCUUCCAUACCGAAAAUGUAGAUAACAGUGAUCCUAGAAACAGAGCGGCUAAGCAGAUCAAUCCAUCGUUUCCAUUUAAAGUAAUCAGUCCAGGUAAUGCUGACCUGGCUAAUUUUAGUUCUGAAGUACUGUUGUCCAGCGGUCCUAAUGUAGUGGAGAUGGGUUGGAAGCUACCAAUGGAACCAAACUGUACAACAUCUGCAGACUGCAGGGAUUGGGCACAUUCAAUUUGCAAGCGUGCACGAGGUGGAAAGAAAAGAUGCCUGUGCGAAACCAAUUUUCGAUGGAAUGGCUUGAUAUUAAGAUGUACUCAAGAAGGUAAUCUUCUAGGGCAACCAAAAGAAGAGCAUACGAGAAGAAAAUUGCCAUUGUCUCUGAUAAUUGUAGCGGUCCUUUUAAGUGUGAUUUUUCUGGCGUGCAUCGUCAUUUCCAUUUAUAUAUGGCGAAGAAAUAUGAACAACAAACGAGAUCAAAUAAGACGAGGACAAUUUGAUAGUGAAAGGAGAGUCAAGGAGUUGAUAGACACAAGCGAGUUCAAGGAAGAGGAAGGUAUAGAUGUACCUUUUUUUGAUAUGCAAACUAUACUAGACGCUACAGAUAAUUUCUCAAAUGCAAACAAGCUUGGACAAGGGGGAUACGGGCCUGUUUACAAGGGAAUGUUUCUUGGAGGCCAAGAAAUCGCGGUGAAAAGGCUAUCAAGGGUUUCAGGACAAGGCUUACAGGAAUUUAGAAAUGAGGUGGUGCUGAUCGCCAAACUUCAACACCGAAACCUUGUUAGACUUAAGGGCUAUUGCAUGAAAGGAGAAGAAAAGAUCUUACUCUAUGAGUACAUGCCUAACAAAAGUUUAGACUACUUUAUAUUCGAUCAUACAAAAAGCAUGUUUCUCAACUGGGAGAUGCGUUUUAGCAUCAUUUUGGGAAUCGCUCGAGGGCUUCUUUAUCUUCAUCAAGAUUCCAGAUUGAGGAUCAUUCAUAGAGAUUUGAAAACCAGCAACAUUCUCCUAGAUGAGGAGAUGAACCCCAAAAUAUCUGACUUCGGUUUAGCGAGGAUUGUUGGAGGCAAGGAAACUCAGGCAAACACAAACACUGUAGUUGGAACUUAUGGUUACAUGGCUCCUGAGUAUGCAUUGGACGGAACUUUCUCAGUGAAAUCAGAUGUCUUUAGCUUUGGCGUGGUUCUUCUUGAGAUAAUCAGUGGAAAAAAGAACACAGGCUUUUACCAAUCCGAACAAACUUUCAGCCUCAUAAAUUAUGCAUGGAGACUCUGGACAGAAAACAAGGUGCUGGAUUUAAUGGACAAGACUUUGGACGAAAGUUGCAACAAAAACCAGUUUAUCCAGUGUGUCAAUGUCGGCCUCUUAUGCGUACAAGAAGAUCCAAACGAUCGGCCCGCCAUGUCAAAUGUUAUCACCAUGCUCGACAGUGAAACUGCAACCUCUCCGGCUCCUAAACAACCAGGGUUUCUCACAAGGAGAGGCAACUCCAGCACAGCUUCUUCUAGUAAGCCAGAAACUAUAUCUGAAUUAACCACCAGUAUAGUAGAAGGUAGAUAAUUAGAGGACGUUGAAACUCUUCACGUCUCCUUUUUUUUCUUUUUUAUAUUUAACGCUUAUCGCGGUAAUUGUAAAAGCAUGUCUCUAAUGUUUCUGGUGAGAAAAGUUUGAGUUUGACCUCUUGGCAGUG